AUUCAAUGGAAGGUUAAUGGGACCCUUGUGACCUUAACUAACAAUUUGAAAGGACAAAAUGGAAGUCUUGUUUUGUCGAUGGCAAACUUGUCAAUGGAAGGAAAUUACAGUUGCCAUGAUGAGACUGGAAGAUUGUUGCACUGGACCCAACUAAAACUUGGAUAUCCUCCAAGUAAGCCACUGGUGCACUGCACGGCUUCAAAUUUUUAUAGAAUUUCUUGCAUGUGGGAGAAUAAUCAAGAGGGGUCCUUUCCUAUCCAUUACAUUGCAACUUAUAGGUCUCCAAGCAGCAACAUUUUCAGCUGUCCUAGAGAUUUUCUUAGGAAUAUUUGCCAAAUAGACAAUCCUCAAAUGUUUGCAUCCUUGCCGUAUGUUAUAAACAUAACCGCGAUCAACCCUAUUGGCCGCAGGACCACAUUGUUGGAUAUUGUGCUAUUUGAUAUUGUUCAGCCGGAUCCACCUGUAAAUGUAACAGCUGAACCUGUUUUUGGAUCUCCUAGAAGAAUCAAAGUGCAGUGGGAUUAUCCACCAUCAUGGGGUUCACAAUUCAAAUUAAAAUUUGUCCUGGAGUACAAACUCCUGCGAUAUAAUUUCUGGUCGAGGUUGAAUACUAAAAUGACAACAGAAAUCAUCACUGAUGCCAUUGCUGCUCAGCUGUGUGCAAUUCGUGUCAAAGCAAGAGAUUUUUUUGACAAUGGUAAAUGGAGUGAUUGGAGUUCGGAAGUACUUGUCACUCCAUGGAUUGAAACCACUACAGAAAAUAUCCAAUCUACUGUCACCACGCUGAUGAUGGACUUUAUACACACUCAAAGUCAAUCGACAGACCCUACCCUCUCUUCAAACGUAAUCCUUUCAAGUUCUGAUGUACUGGAUAGAAAUAUUGUCGUACUGAUCUCCAUCGCUGCUUCAAUUGGAAUCUGCAUUGCAGCCACUACAUUUGUGUUAUGGAUCAGAAGACGACGACAAGAGUCAGAUAUGAAUGACAUUCUGACCAAGAAGGCACUGUCUCUUUGUUAAUGUGAAAUUGCCUUGCCAAAGAUGACAAUUUUGUGCUGCAACUUGGACAAAAUAAUACAGAUGGGACCAUUUAGGGACAGCUGGUACAUGGGAACCUGCAAAUUGCCCACUAAAUCACUCAUCACCCUGACACGGAACUACGUCGCCUUUCCUUCAAUGUUGCUGGGUAAAGUUCUUGGAAAUCGCUUUCCUACAGCACUAUGGAUAUACCUGUACCAUGUGGACUGCAGAUGCUCAAAUAAAAUUUUCUCCCUUCUCAAGGACACUUAAGGAUGGACCGCAAGUGCUGGCCACACUAGGUUUACCCACAUCUAUAGUAUAGAAUAAAAAAAAAAUUAAGCUAUGUGAUGCUUUUAUUUAAAACAAUACAGUUCAACCACAAUACAUCUAACCAUAGAAAAUUAAAUUUUACAUUGAAACAUUUCUGCUGUUUUUGGAUUAGACACCACUCUUAAAACUGGCUAUGAUAACAGGAAGAAUUAAUUAUUGUUAGGAAUUUCCGCUGUUUGUUUUCAGGCUUUUGAGGUGGCUCUAAAAUUAAGCUGACUCUUUUGGAGUAAUUUUCAAUAGUUUAAAUUUAGGUGUUGAAUUUCCACUGUAAUGUUAAAAUGUUUGUUUGUUGUGCAUAAUCCUACCUUCAACUGUAUUAACCAAAUACCACACACACCAGGGAUUUUCUUAAUGCAACUUUUUAAUAAUUGUUUUUAAAAUGCUGCCCUAUUGCCGGUUCAUGACAAAUUUUGCAUUGAAUGGGAACUUCUCAAAAACACCUAGAUGACUAACUGUGCCCAAUGCAAUCGGACUGAUUUUUAGUUUGUCUGAGGCAGGCAUGUUCAGUGGCAGCUAAUCACCGCUCCCUCCAGCAUGAUGGUUCAUCACACUGAGUUCCCAUCAACUUGUUACGAGCUGACUAGCAAACUUGUCAUCCAAUUGCAAGCCUCAACAGUGGUGUCCCUCUCACUGGCAGUUUCUGGGUCCGAAAGACUAAUACUUAGGGAUCCAAAGAUGAGAAGCUAAAUUUCCUUUUUUGCUUCCGUUGGGAAGGGUGGGCGUUAUUGGGCUCAGAGGGGAGGCUUUCCACGGCCAUUGCUGUCUCCGAUUCUCCUCCCCCCACCCAAUCUGACAGGUCAAGAAAACCUGCUACUUUCCUUGUCUGCCAGGAGACAGAUGACAAACUUUUAACAGAUGAUCAGGAUAGUGAUGAGUAAAGAUUCUUAAGUGCCAAGCUGAUAUCCUUAAGUGGCUGAUAACUCAUCAUUGGGCCUUUGUUUCUGGUGAGAAGGGGGUUUGCAUCUCUCAAAGGACAACUUGCCCUUCUCAGCACCUUCAGGGAGUGGAAAAUUGCAGCCUCAAGUUUAAUAUAGAUCAUAAGGUAAAAUACAUGUUUUUCAAGCUUCAAUAAGCCAAAUACUCUUUCCUUAUUCUUUGUAAUAUGAGGUGCCAACUUUAAGAAGCGAGGGGGGGAUAUUAUAAAAAUAAAUAAAUUUCCAGCUGAUGUCAUACUGUAGUGUUGGGCUGAUUAAGACUGUACUUGAUAAUUAGAUCUCUUGUAGUAAGUGAAGGCCUUAUUUUGAUAUUAUCUGAUGAGGAAAGAAUUUUGGUGUGUGUGGGACAAGAGGAAGGAUGGUGUUUUCUUCAAGCUCUGAAUAAUUUUAAGUUUGUUUUUAUUAAGGAGGAUAGAUGAUCAGCAAUUUCUGUCUCCUGGUUGGGCUGAAUGUUGAUUAAUUAGUCGUCCUUUGCUAAAAGAAUUAUCAGAGAUCACAAUGUGACACCAACCCAUACAGGCCUAGCACGUGGUGUUGAAUAAUUGGUUUAGCCCUUACAAAUAACAAAGUAACAACUGUUUCUAACACAGUUUCUCUUGCAUAUAAUAUUACUUUGUCUGCAAUAUUUAUAAAGUAUUGAUGCCUUAUGGUAAAACUUGUCCUAUUUGUAAUUAUUUCAUUUGGGUAACUAAUAAUUUAGUGAAGGCAGUAUGGGUAUUUGCCAGUCACCAGGUUCAACUGCCAACCAGACUAACUACUGGUUGCACUAGCACAUGUUUUGUAGUACUCUGGGCAACUGCCUCACCUUUGCAUUUUAGAGCCGUUUUCCAGGAGGGGGAAUAUAUCAUUGGAGAUUUGAGCUGUUUGAGAAAUUAAAUAUCUUCUCUACUAAUUUCAAAAUGUUGAAUUUAGAUUUUACAGUACCUCAAAAGGACAAGGAAAUAUUUCACUUCAAAAUCAAAAUGUAAAAUUUGUAGUUUUAUUGAGAUAACUGAUAAAUCUAAUGUUUUUUAAGAGUCUAAAUUUGGAAUUUACUGGAUUAUUUGGUACGUAAGUGAAUGUUUGGUGACAAUUUGAUGUGUUUGGGGGGGAGGAGUGUGGAGAGAGUGGGGAGACCUUUUGCAGUAGCUUUGCUGCUGAGAAAGAUUUUCAAAAAAUUCAAUUGUCAAUGCAUUACAUUUUUAAUAGCUCCAACAAAAUUACUAAGUACUUCAAAUGUAAAUUGUGACCACUUACUGGCUAUGUACCAGCUUUAUUCAACACUUUAUUGUAUCUGUAAAAUUUUUAAUAAGCUAUUACCUGUUGGCUCCCGAAAACUGCCUCCUAUACAUAAAAUAUGAUUUUUUUUAAAACUAGAAAAACAAUUGUUGAAAUUUAUUUUUACCAAAACUAUUUUGAGUAAAGUUUAUCACAAAUCUUUCAUUACAGGAAGUAUUGUUGAUUUAAUUGCAUUUGCAGUUUUUUUUAAUGAAUGCCAGAAAAUGUCUUGUUUUUCACUGAAUGUUCUAUUUUGUCAUAUUGCAAUUGGAAUAUUCUUAUAACCAAUCACAUUUUGA